CUCUUUGGCAGUCUUUGGUAGCCACUUCGAGGACCUGCCACGCUUUUUAACGCGGAAUUAUCCUCAAACAAUCCUUUGUAGAUAUGGAUAUGACAAAAAAACUUACAAAAGAUCUCAUUGAAAUGUAUUGGGAGCGCAAAUGUUUGUGGCAAGUAAAUUCGAAAGAGUACAAAAAACGUGACAUGAAAAAGAAGGCUUACCAAGAGAUUGUAAUGUUCCUACGCCGGAAUGGAGUGAAGGAGGCCAAUGCAAAGUUGGUCCGAGAAAAGAUUCAAAAUUUGAGGCGGGCAAUGAGGAAGGAAAAGAAAAGAAUAGACAGUUCAGGUGGAAAUUACAGUCCAACACUUUGGUACUACGAUUUAUUAAUAUUUGUCAAUGAUCAAUACGAAGACACUGCAUCAAUAUCCAAUUCUAGUAAAAUAGGAGAUGAAAAAUAUAGUGACAUAUUUUGCACGGACACUGAGGAAGAUUUAUUUAGCGGUGAUGACGAAAAGAUUAUUAAAGAAGAACGAUCUACUCAGAAGGCUUUACACAAAGUACUAAUAAAAGAAGAAAAUAAAGAGCAAGGAAAGAAACUUAUAGAGGAAAUUUCUACAGAAACAUUAAAUACAUCUGAAUUCGAAGCUGUCGGUAUCAAUUUUACAGCUAAGUUAAAGAGAAUGGAUUACAAACAACAGAUCUUUGCUGAACUGUUAAUACAGAAAGUUUUAGCACGAGGUCUAUUGGGUCAGCUAAGUGACAAGACAGACGUUACAGAUAAAUCGUAAUACUGCAAAAGUAUUGAUGAAUUUAUAGAUUUAAGAGUAAUUAAUGAUAAUACUGAAUCUAGUAGAAUAUUCUUUUAAAUAAAAUUAUUUGUUUAGAAUAAAUGAACCCUUACCAUGUGCUCAGAAUGUGGUAUGAAUGAACAGUGAACUGAAUUUUACAAAUAAAUAAUAAAAUAAAUUUGUGGUUUGAUAUAAUGUUUAUCAAACCACAAAUUUACAUAUUUCUCUAUUCUAGUGACUGCAGAGGAUUCGGCAGCAGUCUAAAAAUAAACGUAGUCGAGCGAGUCACGUGAAACUACCGACAGCUUAUUAUUCAGCAGACUAACCUUCAACCAGGGAAUAAAUAUUUUUAUAUGCCGCAUAAACGUAGUUAUUCCUCGUGAUCGAUAUCAUUUUAUUAUAAACAAGUAUCCUAAAGGUAUCCGCUCCACGUGAGCUUGUUGCUGACGCAGAAUUUGAAUCCGAAAAUUCAUAUACAUUGUAAUAUAAUUCA